UAUUAAAUUUGGAUUAUACUUCUUUUGCCUCUUUGAUGUUAAGAGGCCUAAUGGGCAAAAUAAGUGCUGAGUUUAACUAGCAGUUUCUGGUUGGAAACUUUCUGGGCAAGAUUUUUGCACGUUUUUGGACAACCAAGUUUUUGACCUAUGUCAUAAAGAGUGUCUUGUAGUACUGCUGUGAAGAAGAAAGCGUAUGGCUAUUCGUCUUCGUGAGUUCCUGUAGCUGCUGUGGAUGUCAGCUUUGUAAGAAACCUGUGCUUUGUAUUCAAUCCAAUCGAACUAAAAAUGACAAGGAUUAUUUCCUUCACAUUGAUAGACCUAUUUCUUUGGUGAGUUCUGUCUCAAAUGAAACAAAUGUUUUUUGCCUCUGGCAGUGAGAUCCAGUGGUACAGAGAUGGGAGCAGGGAAUCAUUUAUCCAGUGAUCAUUAUACUGGUGACAAUUCUCUUUCAGUUUCCUUAUCUGCACAGUAAGAAUAAAGGUAACUUGAGUAUUUGUUGGUGAGAUGGUUAGAUUGUAUAAGGAGUAAGUAUUCCUGAACAGACCACAAAUAUACAAGUAGCUACAUUAUUGAGGGUUACAGAGGAAUCCUAUAUAAGCUGUCCUAAGUGUCUGGGCACUGUCUAGUCUCAUUGAAUGAAGGAAAAAGACUGAAAAAUCUUGUAAUAUAAACUAGUGUAAAACAUGCCAGGAGAGUUAAAAUUGGAGGGGAGCUCUAGGUUCUGACUUUCUUCACAAGCUACUGUUUUUAAUUGUUUCUGAGCUGACACUUGAUGUGUUGUUUUAAUUUUACUGUAAUCUGUUAACAGUGCUGGCAUCUACAAUAGCUUGCAAAGCCUUACAGUCUGUAGAACAUCUAAUUGAGUAGACUGUGUUGUUGUUUACCAAAUGCCAAACAUUGAUCUAAGCUCUUAACGUGAAAUCAUGAUGAAAACCUGUUAGGUUUAAAGUUAAGGCAUGAGAAUGAGAGGCACAGUGAGGUAAAAUUCUAAUUGGUGUAGUCACAGGUCUUCAUAUAAAACUUAAGGUGGUGGUUCAAGCUGAUUCUUGAGACUGGUUCAGAUUUGGUUACACAGGUGCUGGAAGGUGGGUGGUGGUUAGUCUGAUUGAAGUUUAAGUUUUGCAUUUGACAGUUUAGAAGCAUCUCUAGUAGAAACUAGUUUUCCAAAAGUCCUGUGUGACAGAGAAAUUUGUUGGAGUGACAGAUUCAUUGCAAAUAGCAUCUUUUUAUGAGUGUACUUUAUUGAUGUAGCUGUAAUGCUCUUACAAAACCUUGUUUUAGCUGAGUCACUAUUGUCAUCGGCUAUGGAAUGUGUUUGGAUGGGAAUGUUCAGCUGGAGUGUUUGGGGAAAAAGUAAUAGCAUCAAGCCCGUUGACAUUUGGGAAAGGCACUUUAAGUGAUACUACAGAUCAGAAAUUGAUGACUCAUUGUAUGUCCUAAAACCCCACACAAACUUGUAGGGCAGAUCUUUGUGUUUUUCAGUUCUCUGUUCAAGGAAAACAUAUUGAAAAAGCUGGAGUAACAUGCUCAUUAUGAGAUCUAUUCCCAGCUUCCUGUCAUCAACUAUUUGAGAUAGAGUCUGCAGCAAUUGAGGAGUCGCACUGAGUUCAAGUUCAGAAGUGCUUUACACAUGAAAUCUACUGGCUCUCUAGCUGUUUCUGCCCUGUCACCAUCUCAACAGAAUUUGGUUUACAGUCAUGGAGGAACAUCAACAACAUUUACACUGUGUGAACUGUGUCAGCCGUCGUUGUAUGACCAGACCAGAGCCUGGCAUUUCCUGUGAUUUGAUUGGCUGCCCGUUGGUUUGUGGAGCAGUUUUUCACUCAUGUAAAGCUGAGGAACAUCGCAUGUUAUGUCCACUUGAAAGAGUGCCUUGUCUGAAUAGUGGCUUUGGAUGUCCCUUCAUAGUAGCCCGAAAUAAAAUUGCUGAUCAUCUAGAAGUCUGUCCUGCAAGUGUAGUAUGUUGUACCAUGGAGUGGAAUAGAUGGCCAGUCAGUUACGCAGACCGAAAAUCUUACGAAAAUCUGAGUAAAGAUGUUGAUGAAGUGGAGCAGCUAGAUAUGGCUUUAGCCCUUCAAGACCAGCGCAUGUUAUUAGAAUCGCUUAAAGUAGCAACUAUGAUGUCAAAAGCAGGUGAUCAAAUAGCAGAAUCCAGAGAGCAAGCCUCUGUCAAAUCAAGUACCCCAGAUGCAGCUCACUCAAAUGGUUUGAUGCCUGUAGAUGAAGAGUCCUAUGGUGCACUUUAUCAAGCUACUGUAGAAACAACGAGGAGUUUAGCUGCUGCUCUGGAUAUCCUGAACACUGCUACAAGGGACAUUAAUAUGUUAAGUUCAAGGCUCUGCAUUUCACCACAUGAAAUGAAAGAAGAUACUGAGAUUAAAGAACAAGCUUCUAAUGGCAUUAUUCAGGAUAAAAAGUCUGACCAUGAAUAUCCAGAUGAAGACAACAUAGGAGCAGUUGGGGGAAUUAACUUUGAUAGCCUGAGUCAAAAUUCACAAAUGGAGCAAAAUGGUUCUAGUGAUAUUUGUUACGAUGUAGUGCAAAAACAUGACUUAAAUCUAAACCUCAGUAACUCCUCACUUUUGUGUAAUGGCUUUCAUGUAGAAAAUGAAUGUUCGAAGGUGGUGGACCAGAAUGAGGAUCUUGGUGUAUCUAAUUCAAAACCAUCCAGUGUAGCAAAUGGUGAAUGUACUGCAUCUCAUGAUGAUGAAGCAUUACAGUCUUGCAGCUCCUUCCCUGUGACAGCACAGCUUAAAGAAGUAAUAUCAGCUGAUUACUUAAUUAAUGGCAAUGUUAAUCAUGUACUACUUCCCCAUAAUGCUAAUGAAGAAGAAUUGUUAGAGAGACAAGUAGAGCAAGAAAGGUUGAGAAAUGUAGAUGCGUUUUCACUUUUACGGCAUCGAUCAUACAAAUUCCUUGUUAACCACUAUUGGUCUACACCAAAAGAAGACAAAGCUGUUGAUACAUCGGAUUUGGAAAUAACAGAAGAUCCUAUGGGUCUUCAGGGGAUUGAUCUAAUCACUGCAGCUCUGUUGUUUUGCCUAGGAGACUCUCCCGGAGGUAGGGGGAUAUCAGAAAGUCGCACUGUCGAUGUGUAUCACGUUGACUUUGGGACCCAAACGUUUUCUCUCCCAUCUGCUAUAUUGGCCACAAAUACAAUGGUGGGGGAAAUUGCUUCAGCUUCUGCAUGUGAUCAUGCCAACCCACAGCUCUCAAAUCCAAGUCCAUUCCAGACCCUUGGACUGGAUUUGGUAUUGGAAUAUGUGGCUAGAUACCAAACAAAACAGCGUUCAAUGUUUACAUUUGUUUGUGGACAGUUGUUUAGGAGGAAUGAGUUUUCAUCACAUUUUAAGAAUGUGCAUGGUGACAUUCAUGCUGGCCUUAAUGGCUGGAUGGAGCAGAGGUGUCCUUUGGCAUAUUAUGGGUGUACAUAUUCUCAACGAAGGUUUUGUCCUUCAACACAAGGGGCAAAAAUUAUUCAUGACCGCCACUUACGGUCAUUUGGAGUUCAGCCUUGUAUAUCCACAGUAUUAGUAGAACCAGCAAAAAGCUGCUUAGUUGGACUACACAAUGACCAUCUGAGUAGUCUACCUUUUGAGGUUCUGCAGCACAUUGCUAGUUUUCUAGAUGGCUUUAGUUUAUGUCAGCUUUCAAGAGUGUCACGUUUAAUGAGAGAUGUGUGUGGAAGCUUGCUUCAAGCACGUGGAAUGGUGAUACUGCUUUGGGAGAAGAGAAAGUACCCAGAUGGAAGAAGUUCUUGGCAGAUAAAGGAAAAGGUUUGGCGCUUCAGUACAGCCUUCUGUACUGUGAAUGAGUGGAAGUUUGCUGACAUCGUAAGCAUGGCUGACCACUUGAAGAAAUGUAGCUAUAAUGCUGUAGAGAGAAGAGAGGAGGCUGUUCCGCUGCCAUGUAUGUGUGUAACACGAGAACUCACUAAAGAAGGACGUUCGCUGCGCUCUGUUUUGAAACCAGUACUUUAAAUAUUGCAACCACUCCAAUUGCACAUACACUCAAGCACCUGAUAUAACCUUGGUAAUAUUACAUGACACUUUAUUAAUGUACUAAAGAUACUUUCUAGCUAAAUCUACUCUGUCACUGUGUAUAUAAGGUUUGAAGUGACAUUUAUUUUUUAUAAUACUGUUUAGCUGGAAAGUAAUGAAAGUUGCCUUAACGUUUGAAAAAUUCGGAACUUGCUGGACAGGGUAGUUUUAUCUAACUUAUGUAAUUUAAGAACAAAAUCCUAAGGUGUGUUUUCUGAUUCACUGGUGCCCAUGUUGCUGUUGACUGAUAACAUUUCAGAAAUGGCCUCUAAAUGGUAUGCACAUUUAGAUAGGAAACACUGAAUUGUAGCGAGACAAAAUCCUGACCAAAUGUACUUUCUGUAUUUGGUCUAUUUUUUUUAACAAAUUAUAAUCCAAAUAUUUGAAAGAUAAGGAAGAACUCAAAACUUCAUAGCAGAUGUCUCAAACUCAGCUUUUAAGAACAUCUUUUCUCACAAAAUCAGUGUUCUAGUGCUCUUCCUAGUUAACAGGUGAUCUAGGAUCAGCUUUCUUUUUAAAAUUUUUUUGGGGGGAAUGAUCUAAACAAACAGAUUUACAGCAGCUUAAUUUUUAGUAUAACUUUCUUUUGACAUGUCAACAAUAAUUAUUUUUCUUCUGAACUAGUAACAGUUAUUUCACUUUUGGGAGCAAAACUUUUAGAGCUAAGAACAUGGAAUACUAGUUUUUACUUUCGCACCUACAAUGACAUCAAUAUACGAUGUUUAAAAUGUUUUCCCUUGUCCUGCAGUUGGCUGAGGGUUAAAUUGCUUGAGCAGUCAGAAAUUCAAAGUAUGUGAUGAACAGUUAUGAAUUUAUAAUGCAGCUAAUGAAAGGGCUUUACUUGUUCUAUGGUAUUGUGAGAUGUAUUGUCUCCUUUUCUGUUAAUUUGUCUAUAAAAAUGCUGCUUUUUUGAGGAGCAUUUUAAAUUACUGGUAUGUUUAGCAAAUGUAUCAUCUUCAUAAGAUGAGACAUGAUUUGUUAAUUGCAUAAGGCAUAUCAGAAGUGAAUGUUCAACCACAUCUGUUAAAUGAAAAGCUCCAAUUUGCUUCCAGUCUUCCAUAAUAAAAGAUCUUACAAAGCAUUUGUGAACAGAGAAUACAUGAUAUGAAAAAUGGCCUGGUACAGCAAAACUGUAAUAACUUGAGCUGACUUUCCAACUUGUUUGUAUUAAUGUUGGUGUCUCUAGCCUGUUGCACUUAGCAACUGUGCCACAAAGCUAAAACAGAAACAGACCAGAGCUUGGAACAAAGAAAUACAGUACGUAUUUCCAUUAUAGGAAAAAAUAAGAGAUUAGUAAGGAGGAGAUGUUUACAAAAAACGGCUAAAUUUAUUACUCCUAAUUUCUGUACUGGACACUUGUUUAUGGCUAGUCUGGCUGCAGUUCACAACUUUGGUAUCUGUGCAUUUCCCAUUCUGGGUCGAGUCCAGCUAAAUAUUCACUGCCUUUUUCUAUCCAGUGCUACAGGUGCCCAGAAAAAAUAAAAUCUAGUUCUUCAGUGCCAUGAGUUUAAAUUAUAAGAACUCAAACAAAAGUUCUGCCUGGAUCCUCAAACUACCUGGUCUCUUUUGACACUUCCUCUUUUUUUGUUUGGAGAGAGGAAAUGAGUAAACCCUCUACAGAAGUUAACAAUAUUUGCAGUAAUUUGUAGCUGUUACCACAGUUAUCUGGAGAGGAGAACCUAGAUUCAUGUACAAAUCUGACUAUACCAACUGGGUUUUAGGUAGGGAUUUUACCUCCCCCCCCACCCCCUGGCCCCUGUUCUCUGAGUGCAUUGAAAUGCUCAUUACCCACAAAUUCUUCAGUACAAGGCAGGAGAGAGACUUUCAUCAGUUCUUGUCUUUUAGCUCUAAUGGCUCCUUGCUGCUGCUCUCCAGUGUUUAAAAAUAGUUGUGUGACUGGAAGGAUCCUGAAUGUUGAGGAAUUUAUGCUUGUGUUUAUGGCUAAAUCUACUUUAAAACAUCUGUCUUGGGUUACUGGUAUUUUUUAGUCAGUAAUGUGGUGGUUUUGGUACUUGGCAUUCUUUGUAACUACCCAGAACCCUGGUAAGCAUAGUAGGCAGGCACAUCUCUCAGUUGCUUAGGAAAAGAAAGCGUUCAGUUAGAGGAGCUGGUGUUGGUAGAAUCUCACUUGUAGCGCAGUGCAGAUCUACAUCUAAAGUAUCAUCAGUUGUUGAUCUAUUAAGAUGAACUUUUUAAGUACUUGGUGUUCUUCUUAAGAAAUAACACUAUUUCUCAAUACAUGCACUUUUGUUUUCAAAUGUAGAUACAGGCUUUUUUGUUAAAUUAGUUUAUUUUUUAUGAGAAUCCAGAGCUAUUAAGAUAUCAAUGUUGUAAACAAAAUAUCUGCCUUGUAAACUGCUCCAAAUGCAGAAAUACAAUAUAGUUAGGAUAAAAACUUUUUUUUACACUGCUAUGCAGUUUGUAAAACAUCUAUGGUGUAUAGUCAGUCUAUCAAAAUGUGGCUUGUUCACAUUUGCCCUUGAUUUUUAAAAAUGUCGUAUCCCUUUCCUGGUACAUCUCCCUUACAGCAUAUAUAGACAGCUGUUCCAGUCUUUCUUUUACUUCAUACCACAUUGCUACUUUGUUUAAAAUAUUAUGUUUUCAAUCAUUAUGCAAUAUUUUUUUGCAAUGUCUGUUGAAAUCCUAAUAAAACUUUUGGAGUUUC